AUGGGCCGGGGAGCGCGGCAGGCUGCGAUGGGCGUGGAGGCGCGCUCGGCCACGGCUGCCCCGGGCGGCGAGAGCGGGCCGCGGGGCUCCCCGCCGCCGCCGCCGCCGCCGUACGCCGGGGAGGGCGCGCUGGAGCUGCGCGGCUCGCUCGACUGCUGGGCCUGCGCGGUCCUGGUCACGGUGCAGAACCUGCUGGUGGGGGGGCUCAACCUCCUGCUGGUGGCGGUCAUCUUCGGGCUCAUCCUGCUCCCCGCGGGCGUCCUGCUGGGGUUCGGCUUCCUGUGCCACUCCAAGUUCCUGCACGCCCAGGGGCAAUACUGCACCGCCCACCUGCACGACACGGCCUCCGUGGCGCUCCUGGUGGUGGGCUUCGCCCUCGUGGUGCCCCUCCUGGUCCUGGCCCUGGCCGCCUACUGCCGCCUGGCCCGCCGGCUCCAGCUGGGCUACUGCCUUGUCCCCUACAGCAAAGCCGUCUACAAGAACCUCCCGGCAAACCAGUACCACAGCUCCGGCUGCUGCUGCAGUCGGGACCUCGACACGGUGGAGAAAGUCUGGGUCUGAGGAGGGGUGGCGGUGUGGGGGUGGGGGGCCAGGAGAUUGAAAUCGCCACGGGAAGGAGAACCCCAUAGGACCAUGGGCUGGGCUUCAAGAACAUCAGCUGAGGAACCCAAACCAGCCAGCUUUGGAGGAACUGGCUCUCUUCCAGCGAAGGGUGGCUGCAUCACUGCAGUGAGAUGUGCUGCGGUCUGUCAGACUCUCCCCGAACAUGAGACCCACUGCUAGUGUGGCCACUGUGGCUGUGCGAAGGCCCUUUGGAAACCAGGCACGCCUGGCUCAGGGAAGGGGGUGAGGUGGCUGAUUUGGGCAGCAGCUGCGAUCCCCAGCCUCUCCCCCGCAAGGACCAUGAAUCAUUCAGGGAAGGGAAGAACGGACAGGAAGGAUGCCUGUCUGGCUUGUGAGGAGAGGAGAGGAGAGAAGCAGGCCCUGGUUCACAUCCUUCAGUACCGGAAUGGGCAGACCUUUGCCCUCUGAAGCAGCCCCAGAGCCGUUGUGGUGCAAGUACCUGGCUCCAGUCCAGUGUUAGUGCAGCAUGGCAACGCGGACGGAUCCGCGCUGCACCAGCUCUGAAACCGGAAGCUUGAGAAGGCGGUGGGCCGGGUGAAGGCCGCUAAACGGAGCCCCGAGCCUGGCAGGAUGGGGCUGGGUGGGCCCCGAGCCUGGGAGGUGGGCAAGUUGCUUGUUCUGGCUGGGGCUGGGCAGGCUGGGGCUGCCCCACGAUCCGGCGCCGUCAUGGAAGGCCCUUUGUGUUCCCGGACAAGGAUCGCGCAAGCACUGUGGCCUGUGCAUUGUCCCCCCGCACGUCGGGUCACUGCAGUGGCCACAGGUGGCGCUGCCCUUUGGCUGGCCCGGCAGAGGCAAGACGCUGCAGCCGGGCUGGUAGCGGGGGCAGCUUGAGCCAGCAUGUCCUGCCGAACUGCAUCUUGCCCGUGCUGCUGGCCAGUUCUCCAGGAUUUGGCACCUGUUGACGAUGCCCAAAGCAGUGCAGGAGGGGGCGCCUGGUUCCUGGGCCGCCCGUUGGGCUGCCAACCUCGCCCUCUUGCCGGUCAAGGUGCUGGUCCAUCACGUGCAGGGCAGGGCCUUCAGCUGGGCUGCACCAAGUCCCUUCCUCUCCCGCCCAGCCCAGACGGGCCAGACACCAGCCUUCCUGGGGUUUUGGCGCCAACUGAAAACCCCUCGCAACCCUUCCCAGAACAGAUGUCCUCCUUUUCCUUGCUGCCACUCUCCUGCCCGUUCCAUGUUUUAUACUGCUUUUUAUUAUGGUUUUUAUACUGCAUUUUUUGUAUAUUGUGUGGUUGUAUCUUUUAAAUGGAAGCCAUUCAUAAAUGUUGGCAAACAAAUACAAAUCGGAAGAGACA